UAGCACCACUCACAACUCACUCCUAUCACAAGGCACCAUUAUCUCAACAAUGAAAAUCCCAAUUUUUCUAACACCUUUACUUCUCUGCCUCUUCAUCUCCUUAGUCCAAGGACAAACCUCCAAAUGUGACAUCCAAGAUCAUGGUUCAACCCUCAAAGUAUUCCAUAUCUUUAGCCAAUGUUCUCCAUUCAAACCAUCAAAACCAAUGUCAUGGGAAGAAAGUGUCCUACAAUUACAAGCUAAGGACCAAGCUAGAAUGCAAUACUUAACUAGUUUAGUUGCUAGAAAAUCAGUUGUACCAAUAGCCUCAGCUAGACAAAUUAUACAAAGUCCUACAUACAUUGUGAAGGGUAAAAUUGGUACUCCACCUCAAACUUUGCUUUUGGCUUUGGAUACUAGUAAUGAUGUUGCUUGGAUUCCUUGUACUGGUUGUGUUGGUUGCUCAACUUCAAAACCUUUUGCUCCUAUUAAGUCCACAAGUUUUAAGAAUGUUGGAUGUGGUUCUUCUCAGUGUAAACAGGUACCUAACCCCAGUUGCGGUGGAAGCGCGUGUGCAUUCAACUUCACUUAUGGUAGCUCCUCAGUGGCAGCAAGUGUGGUCCAAGACACACUUACCUUAGCUACUGACCCAAUUCCAUCCUACACUUUUGGUUGUGUUCAAAAACAAACUGGGCCUUCAGCACCUCAACAAGGUUUAUUGGGCUUGGGUCGAGGCCCGUUGUCGCUCUUGGCCCAAACCCAAAACCUUUACAAAUCAACCUUCUCUUAUUGUUUGCCUAGCUUUAAAUCAUCCAACUUUAGUGGGUCAUUGAGACUUGGGCCUGUGGCCCAGCCCAAGAGGAUUAAGUAUACACCGCUUCUUAGAAACCCUAGAAGAUCAUCGCUCUAUUAUGUUAACUUGGUUGCUAUUAAAGUUGGCCGGAAAAUUGUCGAUAUCCCUCCGGCGGCAUUGGCCUUCAACCCAACCACUGGUGCUGGAACCAUUUUCGAUUCUGGUACGGUAUUCACUCGCCUAGUUGAACCAGUAUACACUGCCGUAAGAAAUGAAUUUCGUCGACGAGUGGGCCCAAAACUCGUUGUGACAACCCUAGGUGGGUUCGACACAUGCUACAACGUCCCAAUAGUUGUACCAAAUAUAACAUUCAUGUUUUCGGGCAUGAAUGUAACACUACCACAGGACAACAUCCUCAUACACAGCACCGCCGGUAGCACCACAUGUUUAGCCAUGGCGGCGGCUCCAGACAAUGUGAACUCGGUGUUGAACGUGAUAGCCAACUUGCAACAACAAAACCACCGUGUGUUAUUUGAUGUGCCUAACUCAAGACUUGGUGUUGCUCGUGAGAUUUGCACCUAAUAAGUGGUUUUUCUUCAAGAUCAAUUUUCGUCACGUUUAGGAAUAAUAAUAUAAUAAUCUUGUCAUAUUUGGAUUGUGAGUUAAUUAUUUGAGAAAUUGGUAUUUUAUCUCUAUCUUCAUGUGAAAUUUGGGUUUGGACAUUGCUAAGAGUUUAUUGCUAACUAUAUAAUGGAAGGAAUUAUUAAAUGUAAGAUUUAAAGUUUGAAUCAAGUAUUUAUAUUGUAGCUUUUUUUCAGUGAAGAAUAAAUAUUUUGCUUUGUAGUGGUAUGCGCCACGGACAUA